GUGAUGGUGAUGGACCCAAAUGGAUGCAACCUCUCAUCUUGUAGGCAAAGAUGUUUUCAACAGAAAAAAUGGGUAUGGAGCAUGUUUGUCUAAUCUUAAAGAGGGUUCCUAUCAAUGUGUGUGCUACAUUACUUGCAUUUAACUUGUGGAAAACCCGAGUUGAGGCUCAUAUUGGAUGUUCAAAGGUUCAAAGGGUAAACUUGUAAGGUGCAGUUCUCGUUAAAAAACCAGGAGAUAAUUGCAGGUGUAGUUCUCAAAUUAAGCGAACUAAAAUUUUAUAAUAUACAAAUGCCUCUCUUCUGCAUAACUUAAGCACGUUACAACUCACAAUAACUAGGAACAAGCCCAACUCCAUUUAGCAGGUAGUGGCCCAUUGAAACUGACCUGUUUGAAUGUGGUGAUGGAGUAUGGACCAUACAUUGCACACAAGUAAGUUACUAGUCCAUGACCCAUCUUACCCAUCCAUACCUUAUCUGUCUUUGGAAAAUUUGUCAUCAACUCAUCCACACAAAAUUAAAAGAAACAAAAGAAAAUCCAAAUUAUAGCAGCAACAACGACAACAACUCAAAACCCAUACUGCUGGCUAGCAUUCAAUGAUGAUCAUGGAAGUGCUGCAAGUUAUAUGGAGAUGGGGAGCAGUUUUGUGAAGAACACAUGAAAAGCAUGGCUACAAACUUCCAUUACCACAUUUUAGGAAGAAGUCAUGUGUAUAGAGAGACCAAUUAUAGAUAUACAAGGCAUAGCUGCAGGGUAUUUAUACAGCAGAACAAGGGUUUGGAAUUGGAGAGAUGCAGAGUUGGUUUUGUGCAGUGUUGUGGAUCUCCUACAUCAUCAUUGAAGAAGGAAGUUGGGCUUAUUGAUAGAGAAUACUUGGUGAGUGAGUAUGGAUGGAAUGUGAGGAGAUUGGCUGAGGAGAAACAAGAAAUCAGAGAGGCAGCAAAUAUUCAAGCUGAAGCAUUUCAUACCCCAGUUGCUCUCUUCAAUGAUAUGUUCUUUGAAUUCUUCAAGGCUGAAGUCAUUUCUGGGCUGCUUUACAAACUUAGAAACUCGCCUCCAAACAGGUAUGCAUGUUUGGUUGCUGAGGCCAAGCAGAAACUUGUGGGGAUUGUGGAUGUUACUGUGAUGAGGGAUGAAGCAGUACUGCAACAUCUACGUGGUGCAGAAGAAUACCUUUAUGUGUCUGGAAUUGCUGUCCUGCAAACUUUCAGGAGGCAGAAAGUAGCAAGUGCCUUGCUCAAGGCCUGUGACAUGCUCUCACUCCAAUUGGGUUUUGAUUAUCUCGUCCUUUGGGCCUAUGAAGAUGAUUUGGGUGCUCGUAAAUUGUAUUCUAGUGCAGGUUACAAAGUCAUCUCUGGUGAUCCUCCAUGGAUUUCUACUUGGAUUGGAAGAAAACGCCGCAUUCUUAUGAUCAAACGAUCUCAUUCUUCUUAGAUACAAGAAUGCUAAUCUUACUUGAACAUAGAACCCUCGAAAGUGUCUCUAUAUACAUCUCUUUUCUUUUAAAUGUAAACUGUGCGUUUACCAUGCAAAUAAGUAUACAGUGA